AUGGCAUCAUAUCUGCUUUUAUUUGCUUUUCUAUUGUUUUCAUCAAAGAGUUUUGCUCAGCAAGAACUUUCAUCACCUAAUGACGACGAAUGUGAUCCGAAAACAGCAUCAUGGACAUCGUGGUUCAAUACACAAAAUCCUCGAACAACUACGAAUGGAAAUGACAUAGAAGAUAUAUCAGUUAUUCGAAAACUUGACCCUGACGCAGCGCGAUGUGAUACAGUUUUAAACGUUGAAUAUUCAGUCGUGGGCAAAUCUCACAAUGAAACAUCACUUUAUCAGACAUUAAUCAAUAAUAAUGGUGUUUUCUGUAUGGGUUCAGCAGCAUCACGUUGUCCUGAUUAUCGUGUUCGUUUUUGUUGUCCAAGUCAACAAGAACCUCAACCUCAAUGUGGCGAAACCUUUCGUCAACCACAUACGAAUUCUCCACUUCGAAUUGUGAACGGCUUCGAAGCUGUGCCACACUCAUUCCCAUGGGCUGUUUCGUUGCAGUACAAAAAUGUACAUGACUGCGGCGGUGUGAUCAUUGAUCAAUGGCAUAUACUAACUGCCGCACAUUGUUUAGACUACUCGGAAGAUCUUGGCAAUUAUUUCGCUCGUGUUGGUGCACAUAAUCGUUUCUCAUCAGGACAACUUAUGCCUAUCGCUGAGUUAGUUCUACAUCCAACUUAUAAUGAGCCACGUUCAACAGAUGAUAUUGGAAUUAUUCGAUUAGCUUCACCAAUCACAUUCUCUCAAGAUGUACAACCAAUUUGUCUGGUUGAUAAUGCUGCCGAACCACCACUGGAUAGCACUGUCUAUGUCGUUGGUUGGGGUAACACUGCACAUCAAAUGUGGAAUAGUUCGAGUCCAGUUCUUCUUCAAGCUCGUCUACGUGUUAUUUCCGAUUGCUCCAUGUAUUUUGCUUAUGAAGCGAAAAGCCAAGUGUGUACUGCCCAUACUGGACCUGCUGAUAGAGACCAUGGAUCUUGCCAGGGAGAUAGUGGUGGUGGUUUACUCUAUUUCAAGAAUGGUCGCUGGUAUGCAGCUGGUGUUGUUAGUUAUGCUAUUGGAUGUGGUCAACAAGCUUUUCCGACAGUUUUUACUAAAACAGCUUCGUAUAUCGAAUGGAUUCGUGAGAUCAUCAAUCGUCCGCGAGUCAACUGA